UAUUACUUUUUAUUUUUAUUACCACAAUCAUUUAUACUUAUUUCUUGUAUUUUUUAACGUAUAGCCUUCAUAAAUUAAUGAUUGCACAUAGCCAACCAGCAGCCAUUAUGGCUUCUGCAUGUUGCAUACAAUGACGCUUAUUGGCUACCGCAUCGCAUCUCCUUGUGCGCAAGCGUUUCCGCGUCCAACGUGCAGGAGCCAUUAAACGGCGCAGUCUCCGUGCCGCGCGCGCUGAUUGGUUGGUCGGCGACUACGAGAGCGCCACUGGCGGCGGUGAGACGCCGUGUGACGCGACCGGCGGCAGCCAUAAUGAACGCGAACGUUGGAGCGAUCGGUACUCUGUCGAUUUGAACGCGGCCGCAGGUUAACGUUUCGACUUCGUUGACGAGGAUCCGGUUGCGUCGCGGUCGAGUUUCAUAUCCGCAGUUCCACCUGGGUUUUCCGUUUAUUCCUUCUGAACCUUGAAGCGUGUGAAUCGUGAAGGAUUGCGAGCGUCGCGGCGCUUCCGCACGCCGCGCGUGCACGACGUGAUUCCAUAGCCGGCGAACAUGGAGAUCGCGCGGAAAGUGCACUACGACGCGUGCGACAUGCAGAACGGCGAACUAACCUGGAGCUACAGCAACGGCAGCAACAGUGCCGUCAGCAACGGUAACAGUCCCGUGUGCGGCCUCCUCGACUGUUCCAUGGAAAAUUACGAUUUAUCGCCGCCGCUGCAGCCGCGCAAGCUAUUCGAUGCAGCGGACGAAGACGGCGAUGAGGACGAGGACGAGGACGAGGAGGGCCAACCGACGAACAACAACAAUAACAAGAUUCCGUCGCUUGUCGUAACAGGUACUCCAGCUAUCAAGGCACUUGCCAGUCGUGGAAAUGGAUUUCAUAAAAACUCAAUGGGGUGUAGUCCACCCUACAAACGCGUCAGGGCAUUACGCCUAUUCGAAUCGCCCAACACUCCAAAAACUCUGAUAGAGAAGAGCGCGUUACAAACUCCAGUACCAGCGAGAUAUCCGAGACUUUUAAAUCUAGACAAACCUAGGCUUCUUAAGAUAAGUCCUGGGUACAGCAAGUCAGAGAAACCCGCUGCAAAUGUAAAUCCAUUCACGCCUAGCGGCAUGCUACUGACGGCAAGAAAAAGGAGCAGGUCUAAACGCAGCUUGAAUGGCAGUAUUAGCUCACCAGACGUACAAGUAGGAAAGUGUGACAUUGUCGACUCCGAAGACUCCGACAACGAAUAUGAACACGCAACGAAACGUGUGGCUUUACAAGACUCGAAUAUAUCACGUUACCACAAGGAAUUCCACGAGCUUGGCUUGAUCGGAACUGGCGAAUUCGGCUCUGUGUACAAGUGCAUCAAUCGGUUGGAUGGGUGCACAUACGCUAUCAAGAAGAGCCUGAAACCCGUGGCAGGCAGCAUCAGCGAGAAGAACGCUUUAAAUGAAGUGUAUGCUCAUGCAGUGCUUGGCAAACAUCAACAUGUAGUCCGUUAUUAUUCCGCUUGGGCGGAAGAUAAUCAUAUGCUCAUACAGAAUGAAUAUUGCAAUGGUGGCAGUCUCGCAGAUAUGAUUCUCUCAAUGCAGAAGCAGAACCAGCACUUUAGUCAGGCUGAGAUGCGUCAGCUGCUUAUGCAUGUGGCCGAGGGACUGAGGUACAUACACAGCAUGCAACUUGUUCACAUGGACAUCAAGCCUGGCAACAUUUUUAUUACGAAGGAGAAGAGAUUACAGGCUAUUAAUUACGAUUCCUGCGACGAUGGUUUUGACGACAUGGAUGAAACUGUAGACGAGGAGAUAACAUAUAAGAUUGGCGACCUCGGCCACGUAACUUCCAUCAGUAAUCCACAUGUGGAAGAGGGCGAUUGCAGAUACCUUCCAACAGAAAUUCUGCGAGAGGAUUUCACUCAUUUGACGAAGGCUGAUAUCUUUGCCCUUGGCUUGACUGUUUACGAAGCUGGUGGCGGUGGACCUCUGCCGAAAAAUGGAUCCGAGUGGCACGCCAUUAGACAAGGGAAAUUAGCAGACUUGCCGCACUGCACACGUGAUCUGAAUAACUUGUUGAAGCUAAUGAUUAGCUACGAUCCGGUAACGAGGCCAUCAGUGGAAUCUCUGAUGCAACAUCGAGUCUUGUGUCCAAUUGGAAAGAAAACCAAAGCACAACUUCGAAGAGAAUUGAACGCUGAAAAGCUCAAGAACGAGAUCCUGUCGAAACGACUUCAUGACGCGGCGAUGUACCUGAAGAAGAUCACGCCGAACGUUGUCGUCGAGGGUAGUAAUUCUGAUGGACAAUUGCGCCCUAUAGCCACCAGAUUAUCGUCAUCCCGUAUCAUAGGCAACAAGGUCAAUCGUAGUAAUAGCACUACAAACUUUUGAAUAAUUUUUUUCGUUGAAUUUUUGACAUCAACAAAGAGUUUCGGAGUGUAGAACUUGAGGGAGUGAUCGGUUUCCUCAAGUCAUUUUAAUAUGUGAUACCGUAUCUAGUUUUUUUAAGUAUGAUUAAUUUCUACAGUAAAAUAAGAUGUUUACACACACUAGGAUGUCAGAUGAAAUUACGUACGAAUAUAAAUGAACAUUCUUUUCUUAGACAAUAUACAUAGACGUGACUCGCGCGUGCGAGAGAGAGGGAGAACACAAUUCGGAUCUCUCUUCUCUUUCUACGAAGCUUGCUUACACCAAUUAUUAAGCUUAAUUUUAAGUUUGGUUUAACUUAUUUUCUAAUUCUAAGAGCCAGAAAAAGAUAGUAAGCUAAAUCAAUUUUAAAAUUAAUCUACAUUGGUACAAACAGACCUAACAGUCUUUUGUUAGAGAAAAUAAGACCUUUCUUUAUCUUGUUCAUGGACCACUCGCAAACUAUUAUCUAUCAUAUGGUGUAUUUAGUCUAUUUAUGCUACCUAUGAUUCUCUCUAUGAUGACUCUACUGUAAUGCGAUUAACGUUUAUUAUAUAGCUAUAGACAUUUUAGUAUCUUUAGUAUACUAUAAUAUGGUUGUUUUUUUUUUUUUGAUUGUUAUCGAACAUGAAAUUUAUUAGUAUACGAGCGUGUAUCGAACAAAGUUUGCAGUUUAAUUUCUAGAAGAGCACUGAGGGAGCAAGAUUUGAUUUAAUUUAAUUUGCAUUUAAAUGUGACAAGAUAAUAUAAUAUUAAGAGUCAAUUGGCAUAAUUUUUUUUCUAAAUUAUGGAAUAAAACUGCAUAGCAGGCUAAGUUUGUGCAGCAAGAAAGUUUUUGAGGCCAUUCAUUUUCCAGCUUCACAAUCCCGAUAGAAUCUCUUGCAAUCUUAUUGAUUUUUUUUGUUUCUUACAUACUGGGCUCUAAAACUUUUUUUAUUCCGAAUAAAAUUUUGAUUAAAGUAAUUUUCUAUAUCUGUAUGCAGUGCAUGCAGAGUCAUAGUAAAGUAAAAAUUGCAUGUGAGCAAAUUUAAAAAAUAAUUGCGACUUUUUACUAUUUUGCACGUUUUGCACUAGUUUGCACGAAUGUGUUUCAUACCUUAUAAAAUCUAAAAGUUAUUUUAUUUUUCAGGAAGUCGUAAAUUUAAUUAUUUCUAUAACGUUUAAAAUGUUUUUUCUUUUAUACUGUAUAUAUAAACGAACUCUUUUCUUUUUAUAUAAAAAAUAACAAUGCGCGACCGAACAAUAUGUUUUAAUUUCAUUAUUAAUAACAAAUAUUGUGCUUAUCCUCUUUACGUCCUCUUAAUCUUAUUGUUCUUUUAUUGUCUUCAGUCAGUAUUUUACCAAAAAAUAAUAGGAAUGUCAUUAUCUAUGCUUGUAAGACGUAACUUAAGCUUAACUAUAGCGCGAAAUCUCAGGUUGAAUAUAUUUUUCUGUUGUAUAUAACGUUUUAUACAUAAUGCGCUGUUUAUAUUACUUAGCUGAUCAUUAAGUGCCCUUAUCAUUCAUCAUAAAGCUAAAAAUUUUGCAUUGUGCUUAUGCAGAUCAUUGACUGUAUAAUGUAAAGACAAAAAUAUUCUCAUAUUGAUGAUAUUUGUGAUUCAUAAUAUUUUAUUUUAAUAGGGAUUAGCUAAGUAUUAAAACUAUAUAACGUUUAGACAACUAUUUACCACUGUGCCUUCACGUUUAUGUCGUAAUGUAAGAAACUAACGUUCCUUGUUAUUUCCAACCAUUUUCAACGUCACGCAUGUUUUCUUUAACUACUUUUAUCAGGUGCAAAAUAAUUUUAUUAAAAAUAAUAUUUUGUUCGUAAUACUAUCUAACUUUGAAAAUGAGUUUGUGAAAAUAAAACUAUUUUUUAUUUUAUAAAAUUAAACAAAAUGACAAUUGGUAUAUGAAAUCACAAACACGACAUUCAAUUUUGAAUAGGUAAAAUUUAAGAAACAGAUUUUAAUAUAUUUUUUCGAUAAACGCUUUUGCAUUAGCAUUUAUUUAAUGAUAUGGAACAAAUUAAAGAAAUAUAGAUUAGUAUAUAUAAUGUUACAUAUCAAAAAUUAUUCUAAAUACGAAUAUUAUGUAAGAAUUAAGUAUUCUUUUAGAAUUGAAAAUACUAGGACCAAAUGUUUCAAUCAGAUUUAAUUGUUGAGUCAUCUUGUAAAUGUUUAGAAUAAUUCUUGACAGGUAUAUGUACGUGUUUCUUUAAUUUGUUUCUAUUAAAAUACUAUUAAAUAAGUGUUAUAAUUAUUCUAAACUUGAACGAUGAGAUAAUAAAAUUAAAAAUCUGUUCUAAUUUUUUAGACUGAAAUAUACCAGUUGAAAGUUUUGCAAAUUGUUGUGUUUGAAGUAAGAGUUACAAGACAUAAAAAAU